UCCCGCAUAAGCAGACGAGGUGAAAGAUCACGGGAUAAAUUUGCUACCCGUCAGACGUGAGUUACGUUGUUUAAACACACCUUAAAAAUUAAUCAACGGAGAUACAAUUAAAAUUCUUGUUGAACAUAUUAUUUUAAUGGAUUAACUAAAUGACAUGUCACCAGAUGGACGCUGGAUCGAAAAAGGGGUUUGUUAACGACCUUCACCCUUUUAUAUUUGGUUCAACUUAAAAUGACGUCAUGAAGUUUUACUGUGGUCUAGUGACGAGAAGGAAGGUGGCGACAGAUCCGGGAAAAUCUCUACUUGUAUUCUAAUGACGGGAUUUAAUUUUAGUAUAACCAAGUGCUUGCUUAUAUGACUGCCUCGAUUGGCAUGGCUUCAAUUUCAUCAUGGGGUACACAAUUGUCGGGAAAUCAGUGUUACACCGUCACGGACGAACCGUCAUCAUGGAAGCGGCAAGUUGAUAAACAGAAAUUAAAUAGUGAUAGUUCAUCAAUGAAUGGUGUCCAUGAUGAUGGUAAUCUUAAUUCUAAUACAAAUAUGCAAGAUUUCAACCAUUAUCAUACAAUGAAUACCAAGGGUGUGAACAGUAACGGUGAAUUGGAGAUAGCAGGUGGUGAACAUUUAGUGGAUAAACAUAAUAUUGUUUCUGUCAGUGAAAACCCUUUCUUCAAAUCUUAUGGGAAAAUACGAUCAAAUCAUUCACGAAAUGAGUACCGAUCAGACCGUGUACAUUCCGAUAGUGCAGCCUUGUCUCCUAGACCCAUGUUAGGAAAAGAAAACGACAGUAUUUUUACAAAUCCACAGCCAGAGGAAGAUGAAGAAGAAGUGGAAUAUCACCCUGGAUCAGGAUUUGUUACUAAGUUAUUAGGGAAGUUUAAAAAAUUUGAAAGAGAAACAUCUAAAGAAGACAAGCACCCUCCUAUCAAAAGAUCAGCAAGUUUGGAAAAUAUACUCAGUGAUCGUCCAACAUCAAAUCUAAAAAAUGUGAAAACUGUUAAAAAUGAAAAUGUUGCUGCUGUGAUAAAACAGGGUAACUUAGGUUACCGAACAAAAAGCGUGGAACAUAUUAAUCAAACAAUAAAACCGGUAGCGAUUAGAAAAGCUCCGGAUGCUAAACUUGGUCGUAAAGAUAUUGUGAUAAUAGAAUCUGAGAAAGGGGAGGUGACUUCAAAUGAACAAAACGGAACUACUACAACAACCACCAUGGUGACAACAAGUUCUGGCAGAUCUUCACCUCAUGGGUCUAUAACUGUUCUAAAAGAUGAAAUCAAUGAAGUUAAUGAACUUCCAAAACCAAAUACUGUCACAAAUACCAGGAAUAUAUUUGAAUCCUCAAAAUCAGUUCCAAAGAAGAAAGUUCCACAGAGACCAGCUAAUGUGCCUAACUCUAAGAUUUCUGCUGUGGCACCAACAAAAUUAAAUUCCACAAACCUUAAAAAUUCCAGUUCAGUGUCAAGUUCCAGAGAAAAGGCGGCUAUAGAUGUUAAUAAAAACAACAAUGCUCAAAAGUCAAAAGAUGUUCCGACAAAGAUUGUUCAUGAAGUCCCAGCUACUACCAGAAGUUUGCUACCACCAAUAACUACAGCAAACAAACAUAAAAAAUCCAGCCCUAUUGUUACUGUUGCUCCUUAUAAACCCAGGUCUGAAGAGAAUUACACCACACAGAGUUCUGUACCCUUACCUCAAAAACCAGUUGCAACACUGCGGCAAGUUGAUAAAAAACCUGCACCACCUAAACCAAGACAGAUGACAUAUAAUUCUCGUAAAGAAGUCAAAGAAACGAAGAUGUUGGAGGUGAAUCAUGUGAAUGCCGUCAAUACAGAGAAUAAAGAAAUAAAUGACAUUAAUUUAAACAAAGACGAAGUCAAGUCUUUUAAUGACAUCAAUUUAGUAACAAGUGGAGUUUCGAUAAUAGCAAAUUCAAACAAUAGCGAAACUAAUAAAUAUAAUUCUGACAAACUCUUUAAAAACUCAGAUAAAGAACUUGAUAAAAACUCUGAUGAGCCAAAUAAAAACUCUGGUGACAUUGACGAGCCUAUAAAGGGUAUACCUACAAUUAUAGCCAACAGAAUGAAAAAGGAAAAUUCAGAGUCAAGUAACACCAACUCUAGUCAUAGUUCAUCAUCUGCAGAUUUGUUUAGCUCAGGUACUUUAAACAACAUGCAAAACAAUAACAUUAAUAAUCCUACAAAAAAACGGCAAGCACCUCCUGUACCUGUAAAUUCUAGCAUAGUAGAGCAAGAGAGAGCAAGAGACCAAUCGCCAGAACCUAAUCAAGAGUUGUCUCCUCGUCAAAAUCUUCAUAACAUGCGUAGUAAAAAUACCGAUAUCGGUGGACCAGCUAUGGUGUUUGAUAGUAGUAUGCUGGCCAAGAAAAAACGUAAACCUGAUAACACAAACAAUAAUGGUGUUCCAAAAUUGGAUUUAACAAGUAUUAUUGAUGGUGGUGCUGGGGUUUACCAGGAGGGAUAUAAACCUGUUGUGAUCAAGCCAUGUAAUAUUAUAUUCAUUGGUGCUAAUAUAAUUACUGGACGAUCAUUACUGAAGAAAGGAAAAUCUACUCGGGGUAGAAUCAAGUUUAAUGAUCAAGCCAUAACACUUCAUGAAUAUCCAUCAGAACUGUACAUGUUAGAGGAAUAUUUACUGAAACAUCCUGAUGAAGAGAAUAUAAUACUACUGGAAACUUUUACUAACGAUUUUUCUGAAUCAACAGAUGAUGACAAUCUACUUGAUACACCCCGACAAUCUUUAAAUGAUGAUGUUUUGAAAUCGAAUACAGCUCUAUCUCAUUCUGCUGGUCUUUCAUCUUAUCAAUCGAAAUAUCAAGAAGAGUUUGACUGGAACAGUCAACGAGAACCUGACCCGAUUGUAAUACGAACGCAACCGGAACCAGAAAACAUAGAUACAGGUGAUAUAGUUUUACCUGCCGGAGAAGAUGAUACAAACACUUGGUCCGAGAGUACAAGUUCUGAUCUACUGUUUUAACAUGUCAAAGAUCAUGUUAGAAGUUGUUCUUACUUGGCAUUCAACAGAAUGACAAAAUUGGUGCAGGACCCUUUUCCACAUUCAUUCCUAUUUUGUACGCUCAGAAUAUUACCCACAAUUCCUGUUCUGUUUAAAAGAUCAUGUGCAGUGGAUAGGUGUAUACACAUAAGCUCAAACUACUACCCACAAUUCAAUAUACAUGUGGUAUACCAUCACAUGUGGUGUGGCAAGUUGUAAACUCGAAAAAUAUUACUCUCAACUCAAAUUAUCACACAUUUUGUGGAUAGUACUCACCACAUGUGGUGUAGCUAGUUGUAGACUCGGAAUAUUACUCACAAUUCAAAUUAUCACACAUUUUGUGGAUAGAUAUGUUUUCACCACAUGUGGUGUGGCAACUCACUAGCUCAGAAUAUUACACACAAUUCAAUAUAAAUUAUUAGAUGUGGUGUGAUAACUCAUAAGCUCAGAAUAUUACCCACAAUUCAAUUUAAAUUAUACUUAGUCAAUUGGUGGAAAAAUAACAGAUUAUAAAGAAGGCAGAUUACUUUUGUAACAAUGGAACAUGUAUGUUACAUGUGUGGAAAUGUAGUGAUGAAAUAAUUCAGACAUUAAAAGAAUAGUGUUGUGUGUAUAAAUGAUAAUAAAAAUCAAGCGCAAUCGAUCCAAACAGUUGAUCCAGUGGGCGAAUUUGGUAAAAUUGUUUAUAAAACAGAUCUAUACAUCAUGAAGUAGGAUGUACGUAUGUUGGAAGUAGGCAAUUUAACCUGAAAUGAGAAAUGCUGUUGUUGCUUUGGAAAUAUCUGUGAAUGAUUUAAAUUCAGUAUAAUUCUACAUGUAUUUAUAUCGGAAUAAACUAUUAUUUUUUUUUUUUUUUCUUUUGAUGAAAGGGAAGAUAGAUGCUGAUGUGUCAUUGCUAUAAGAACAAAAUUAAGUGUUGAUACCGUGAUCUUCCCCAUUUAACUUGUAAGCCAAGAGCUUAUGGAUAGUCUUUUAUAUUUAAAUGUGUAUCUGUCAUAUAAAUGUGUAAUAAUAUUGUUGUAAUUAGUGACAGUCUUGAAGUUCAGGUCUUCACGGUAAAACACAAAAUUAGAAAAAUCAUCGAAAAAUUAAUGUGUUACCUAAAUGCCUUGUAUUGCCAGUCACAUUAAUUUUGAUACAUGUUUCUGUUCUGCAAUAUAAACUAACAUCAAGGUUAAAAAAACAAAUAGUUGUUUACACUGAAAUCAAGUACUGUCAAAUAAUCAAAGAUAUGCCAAGUAAGUUGUAAUUUUCAUAGAUUUGUCAAAAUGUCUGAUCUUGAAAUACAAACUGUUAUGUCAGCUUUAAAAUUAGCUUCUGUUUAAAUGGAACAUAAUAUUUAUAUUUUUAUAGAAAUAUCCUACAUAGAGUUGAUCGAUUUGUCUUUUGUGGGUAUGAACAAUGUUUUUAAUUUCUGUCAUCAAUUCAAACAAAACAAAACAUUCAAUUGAAGAAAAUUGUAAAUGGUAAUAUUUUGUUGUUUCAUGGUGACAGAGGUAAGGAUUAUUUUUAGAAACUACGCAAUUUGUGUUUAACACAUCGCAGACCAAUUCUGACCAACUAUAUCGAUGUAUUCCAACUUUCCACAAAUUUUACACAAGCCUUUUGCUUCAUCAUUCAUGUGAUUUUUGUUCACACAAUUUCUCUCAUAUACAAUUUCUUUAAACAAUUUUUAUUUGUUUAGCAUUACAUUCCAUACUUUUGUGUUCAUCUUUUUUUUUCAACAAACAAAAGAUGUCUAGGAUUCUGUUUGUAGUUUUAAAAAAAAAACAAAGCUUAAAUUUGAUUAUAUACAUGUGUUAUUUUAGUCCUCAUUUCCAUAUUAUAAUACUUUGAAUAAUUUUAUGCACCAAGAUUCCAUUGAACACUUUCAUAGUAUUUAAAUUAAACCUCUUUAAUUUUGGCCAAAAUAAAAUAGUGUAAGUAUUGGAUUGGGUUGAUCUGAUUAGUGACAAGUUGUAGGGUCGCCUGCCCAAUAUUGUCUUAAUGUGUCAACUAAAUCAUCUCACUCAACACAAACUUUAUCUAUAGAUGUAAAAUUUUCAACAAAGACAUUUUUAAAUCCCACAAAACAAGUCACUAUAUAAACAAUUCAAUAUACAAAUGAAAUCCACAACAAAAUUUUUGGAUCAAAAUCAAAGCAGUCUAGUCAUUCUAAGAAUUAAAAAUAAAAAGUAGACUUGAUAAUUCAAGCUUAGUAACGUUAAUCCAAUAAUACUGAUUUGAAAUAACACUUCAUUUGAUCAAAUUUUUACUUUGUCUUUCCAUAAAUCGUUAAAUAUAUAGUGAUAUUUUUUAUGCUCAUCAUUCUAUUUGUAGAUAUAUACAUGUAAUCAAUGUUAAUAAUAUUCAUCAUUGUGUGUUCAUCUGCCAUUUGUUUUCAUCAAAACAACAUCUUUCCAUGGAAUUGUAUCCUCAAAUAUAAUUCAUACAUGGUAUAAUCAUUGUGACCACUCUUUUAUGAGUAUGAUUUCAUGGAAACCAAAUUAUCUCAUUAACAAUUUUACGAAGCAGCAAAAUAAUGUUUUUAAUUUUGAACAUAUUUAAAAUAAUUAUUGAAAAUCCAAAAACUGAUCUAUUUAAAGUAGACCUUUUCGAGAAAGGGGAUCACUCACUUGAAUAUGUACAAUAUAAAAACACAAUGGACAGUAUAUAUAAACUUAAAAUAAAAUCUUUGGAGAGUGAUUUGCUCUCCUCACAUUUUUUAUGACAAGGUCUGUAGAGUAAGGUAUUUUAAACAAGUUAAAACUGCCAAAAUUGGCUGUAAAACUAUUUUGAACACUGCCAAUGAUGCUGUGGAGUCAAAUUGAAAAUUAUUCUUUCACGAACCACAAAAAGACUUGUGCUUCUUUUUUAAGUCUGACCCCAAGAAGAAUGUAGUGUGUACUACGUACAGUAGAUAGCAAAAAGAGGACAAAUAGUCUGCUAUGUGAGGUAAUUAUUUUAUUAACCCAAAUCAAGGUUACAUCAUUAAAAAAAAUCAGUUAUCAUAUUUUAAAAUAUAUUAGAUCAUAGCCUAUUAUAACAUGUAUAAAAUUAAGUAUUCAACACCAAUAAGAAUAGAGGUUAUUUAGUCUUUAUUCAGCUUAUCUUAUAUACAAAAAUAUUGUCAUUAAUAUUUUUGAAGAUGUUUCUGAAAAAAGACCACCUACUGAUAUUGGUGAAAAAUUUACAAGUAAUGAUGAUUCUACAUGUACAUGUAGGUCUAUUGUUUUGGAAACCACUUUGGAUAGAUAAACUGUAACAAACUAUUGUGGUCUGACAUUUCAGCCUAAUAUUAUGCUAUUUAUCACUAUUAAGAACUACAUGUAGGUUAAGCCAUCAUUUCCAUCUGUAUUUAACUUUUUCUGCUUUAUUUAUCAUACAUAAUAUAUUAUUGGAAUAGAUAUCAUUGUUAGUAUAUCAAAUUGUGAUCAAUAAUCAAAUAGAACACUUUAUUGGGUAACUGAUAGGCUAUCUGAUAUUAAAAGAGUUAUUUCCUUUAGGUGUUUAAUUUAUACUUGAUAUAUACAGAUUGAUUUUAUGCAGGAAUAAAUUCCAUUGUAAUUUAAAGACAUUGAUAUACAUGUAACAACCACUAAUUUUCAAGAUGCCGUCUUGGGUUCUUAUUUGACCAGAUGAUGAAGUGAAAUUGAGUAAAAGUACAUAUUAUUCAUGAAUGUCUUUUAGUAUUAAGGCACUGAUAGUUAGUCUCUUUAGAACAUAUUAAUAGUACAUGUACAUCUAUAAUCUCAAUUGAUAUUCCUUGAUAAAUUUGAAUUUUUCUGACCUAUGCAGAUGGAAGGGUCCAGAAAGUUGGUUAUUUUCCAUUAAGACUUAAGAACUGGAUAAUCGGUGUCAAAUUUAUAGCAAAUCACUAAAUACAUGUGCUCUGCAUGGGUGGAAUGGUUAGAUGAAAUGUUUAUAUUAUUCUUUACUACUUUAGGGUUUACUUAAAAUAAAUUAAAUAUAAACCAUCUAAUCUAUUGAAAGUAAAACAAAAUCUAUAUGCAAUACAUGUAUUGGUUAUAUCUCUGUCAAUAUAUGCCAGUAAAGUUGUCAAUUUAUGUAUGGAGAUAUUUUUUAUGGUUAUUGAAUUUUUUAUGUACAUUGUAGAGAUCGAAACUUUAUUUGGCAAAUACAAAGGGAAGUAACUCUUGUUUAUAUUUUUGUUAAUGAUAUUUGUCUAUCAAUAUGUGAUGUGUAUAGAAAGAAAAUACCAUUUAAAAUAUAAUCUAAUAUAUUUAACUCAUCUGUCCUACGUAAACAUUUAUUCUACACAGAUUAAUCUGUCUUAAGAUUUAUUCAACAUAUAUAUUAGAUCUAUUAAUAUUCAAUUAAACAUACAUUAUUAUGCAAGAGCUAAAUCUCACUAUUGCAGGUCUUUAUUUAGGCCUGAAAUGUUAUAUAAACUAUUAAUUAGACAUUUAUUAACUAAACAAGACCAUAAUCAACUGUCAAUGGCAUCGGAUACUCAAGAUUUUAACUAUAUUGGAACUGUUUGCCAUUGAUAAAUUUAAUUUAAAAAUGGGAAAGCAAGGCUAAGGCUCGAAUAUACCAGUGCCCUCGUUACCACUAUGCACACAUCUUGUCAAAACUACAAACAGUGAUAACUUGGCUCAGAAUGAAGUAAUUUGAAUGAAAUUUUCAAUAUUUUCAUUUUACAUUAUCUAAUUUUGAGCUAUUAAUAUUAUAGCAAGAAUGGUCAGUUCUUUAUCUAAAUCUUACAUAAUGUAUCUGUCUUUUAACACAAUUGUUCAAUAUAUGAUAAAAUAAUAUAUAUAUAAUAAUGUGUGUAUUAUAUUUAUCUAUGUUUGUUUGAAAUCCAAUAUUGUUGAACUCUGAAUUUUAUUGUUCUUGUAGGCAGGUUGAUUAUUGUGACAUGUUGAAAAUGUAAUAUUUAUAUAAAUAUUAGUCAGUGUUAUGUAUUAUCCACACAAAUUUCAUAUUUUAAAUAACGGUUAAAAAGAAUAGUGUAUUUUGUCUGCUAACGUAUAUGAACUAUAAACUUCUAAUUAGAAAGUAGCCAUCAUGUUUCUAAAGUCUGUAUCUAAAAUGUAACUUUUUUUCUGUUUAAAAUAUAAAUGUACAAGCGGUCAUAUUUAUUAGUCUGUAUGUUAAAUGUAUAUUCGUAUGUAAAUUCUCACACGUAUAUAUAUUCUGUAUAUGAUAUAUUAAAGAUUAGAAUAUAACA